CCCCUCCACGCUCUCAUAAAGCCGAUAGUAGAAUUAGAAGAUCCCCUAAAACCCCUCUUUCACACUCGCACCUGCACGCAACAAUGGCGGAUGAAUUCUCAUUCACAGACAGUGAUGACGAAAGGGCAGUUGAAGAUGUUCUCUCACAAGCAAUGGAUCACUCUGUUCUAGAACAAAUUGCAGCCAUCAAUUGCUCUUCUUUCUCCACCUCCGAUAACCUCCCUUCCCACCUUGAAACCAGAUUCCGAAAACUUAAAUCCCUUCCUCCCACCACCACCAUCACCGCCUCCGCCGCUGCUGGUUCUCGAUUUCCUCCCUCUAAGUCUAAAUCCCUCGGGCCUCGACCCGGUGACGAUUCGAAUGUAGAAGAACCAAAUCGUGACUUUUGCAGUUAUGUUGAUUUAAAGCAAAUUCCAGAUGCGAAGAAGAGUCCGGAAUCGUCUCCUUCUACCGAAAAUCAAGAAGAACAUUCCGACGAAAACAUAGAUGAGAAAAAAGGUACGAAAUCGAAUACGAAAUCAAACUCCAAGGCGUGUAAAAAGGAGCGUUCGAAAUCAAAUUCUCGGUCUGAUUCAUGGAGUCUAUCGUCGCCGGAGUCAGAAUCAGAAACUCGGUCUCCUCCACGGCGGAGUAUUGGUUGUUUAUGGUGUUCUCCCAAAAAGGAGAAGAGUGUUCCGAGGAAACAGGGGAAGGAGAACCGACUUUUCUCAUCAUCAUCAUCAUCGUGGGGGAAUGAUGCUGAGUUUUUGAAGACGUUUUCGGUAGAAGAACAGAAGAAGAUCAUGAAAAAGGCAAUGAAAGAGGAAGAGAAGAUCAACAGAGAAGCUGAGAAGAUCGUGAAGUGGGCUAAACAAGCAUCUGCAAGAAUGAUGGAUGUUUCUGGUCUUGAUGAUGAGCUCAGUGACUUUGAAAACACUAGUAAGUAACUUGGUUGUAAUCAAAGUCAUAUACACAGUUUUAUACCAAAAUUAUAUAGUUUUAUGUUUCGCUUAUGUCUUUGAUGCUCGAAACCCUAUCUCAAUGUAGUAACCAAUAUAAGAGCGAUUAUUACAUAUUUUCGAUAGCUCGAUUCAAUAAUAUACACUAAAGGCUUCUUUAGCGCC